AUUCAUCAAAUAUUUAAUUUUGUUAUUGAAGUCGUUUUGACAAAAACGAGUAAAUAGAUAAUUUGACAAACACCUCAUGUCGUGAGGAAAGAGCCUGAAAGAUGUGAAGUACAUGCCCACAAAACUGUACAUGACAUGACAUGACAUGACAUGAUGUCACAGUCUCUCACACUCUACCAUUUACCAGGUGACCUCAGUAAGUCCUGAGGGUUCAGGGUUUGAGGUCUUAAGGGGGGCACUGGGAUCAGGACUUUCCACUUUUAAAAGCCGUUCGUCUCUUUGUGUGCUGCAGCUCUUCCUCCUCCCUCUGUGAUCGCUGACAGCAUCACCGGCGACUCCAUGAGCCUCUCGUUCAGCUUCAACUCUCAGUACGAGGUGAAGCAGUACGUAGUGAUUCUGUCCUGGCAGUUUGACUCCCACGUCAAGGAGAGCAGGAACUACACGGUCACAGAGCGGAUCCUCAAAGCGACCAACCUGACGGCGGGCACGGUGUACGAGGUGGCCGUGUGGGCUCACGCCACCAUCGGAGACAGUCCCACCGCGCUGUCCCACCAUCAGACCGCCGGAGCCCAGCCGGAGCGGCCCUUCCUCAAAACCCGGGCCCUCAACCAGACAGCCGUGGACUGCAGCUGGACCGUCAACAACACCCUCGCUCAGCUGUACGGUGUGUUUUACGCCACCUCCUUCCUGGAUCUGUACCGGAGCCCCCGUCAGGUCAGCACCACGUCUCUCAGCCUCACGGUCACAGUGGACAGUGACGAGCAGUACCUCUUCCUGGUGCGAGCCGUGUCCCCGUUCCUGGGCCCCCCCUCUGAGUACUCCGUGGUGAAGAUGAUCCCCAACGAGAGGCUGCCGCCCAGGAACCUCCAUCGCGUACGGGUCGACAAGACGCAGGCCACGCUGAAGUGGCAGCCGCCCUACGACGCCCCCAACUCACCGCUGACGUACGCGAUCCACGUGCGCGACGUGAUCCGUAAAGAGGAGUGGGACUACAAGCUGACCACCAGGAACAACACGGUGGAGUACCAGCUGAAGGGCCUGGAGCCCGGGGGACGCUACAGCGUCUCUGUCCGCCUGCGCAACAUGAGCAAGGAGGCCGGCUUCACCCUCAGCACAGUUCCUCUUCAGGCUCCAGAGGCCUUGAAGAUUUUGACGGAGAAAGACCACGUGUUCCUCUUGUGGAAGAGUCUGGCAGUCAGAGAGAAGGGCUUCAACGAGAGCAGGGGUUAUGAGGUGCACGUGUACGACAGCGUGACCAACCAGACGUCCUACCUGGGAAACACCACGGAGACGUAUUUCCGCAUCAGCAGCCUGCUGCUGGGACACAACUACACCUUCUCGGUGCAGGCGCGCUGCCUGCUCAACAGCCAGCUGUGUGGGGAUCCGGCGCUGCUGCUCUACAACCAGCUGUCAGCAGGGGCCAGAGGCGAGGGCCACACGGGGGACGUGGCGGCGGUGGUGGUCCCGGUCCUUUUCCUGCUGCUGCUGGGGGUGUGCGGCGGACUGGUGGCGCUCUACUUGCGACACCGCCGGCUGCAGAACAACUUCACCGCCUUCGCCAACUCCCAUUACAACUCACGCCUGGGCUCCGCCAUUUUCUCCUCCGGGGAUGAACUGGGUGAUGAUGAUGAAGAUGCUCCGAUGAUCAGCGGCUUCUCAGACGACGUUCCCAUGGUCAUCGCGUAGGGAGAGGUCCCCCCUCCUCCAUUUCCUGUUUCUCUCUUCUCACCAUCCCCCCCACCACCCCCCCAACUCCCCAUCAUCGGGUGCGGUACGACGGAGCGAAGAAGAAACCGGCGGAAACUUCGCCG